AUGCCUCCGAAAGCAGGAACCGGUACUCGAGCAAAAGAAAUGGAGGAGUAUGACAAGGAGCAAUUCAUGCUCAUGCAGCAGAGACAUAAGCUCCAGAAGGAUACACAGUUGGAGGUGAGAAAUACCAAGUACAACAUGAGCCGGAUCCAAGAAAGUUGGCUCAAGAUUAUGCGCUCGGCCAAAACGAAGCAGCUGAAAAAGCAGGUAGAGAUCAUCUCCCAGAACCACGAGCGAGAUGUCGACCGAAAGGAUGCGAUCCUGCAAAUGUUGGAUCGAGAUCUGGAUGAGGCUGAGGAGCAGCAUCAAGUUGCGGUGAGAAGCCACUUGCUCAAUGUGGACCGAUUACAUGAGAUUCAGCAGAGCAGGCUUCUAGCUUUGGACGAGAAGUUCAAGCGAGACGUCGCAACCCUUCAAGAGGAGUUCAGAAUUGAACGAGAACACAUCCAGGAAAGGCAUGCUCUCGAGAAACGCGAGCUUGCCUUGAUUGUUGAACAAGUUGAGCGCGAGGAGAAGAACCGAGAAAUGGCUGACAUUACAGAUCACCAGUCUCAGUUCGAGCUCAUUCGCAACAAGAACAUUGAGGAAGACCAUCAGAUGCGCUCGGGCCUGGAAGAGCAGAUAGAAGAGACUCGUGCCAGGUGUAAAGACAAGCUGUUGACGUAUGAAAGGUCCACAGAGACUAGCACAGCUGACUACAAGGAAUACCUCAAGCGAGACUCCUUCCUGAGUGACCAGGUGGAGAAGCGGUUGAGGCAAGUGGAGCGUAUGCAGGCUGCUAUCCAGCACUGGAAGCAAAAGAUUGCACAGAAUCGCCAAGAAUGUGAGGACCGCAAUCAGCAACUGCGAACUGAGAAGGACCACAUUGCGAAGCAUUUUCAGGAGCUGAAAGCGAAGAUGAAUCACUUCAGAAGUGAGGGUAAGAAGCGCUUGGCUGACCUCACCAUGAAUGCCAGGAACUGCAUGAAGUCGCUCAACGACCAGCUGGGUUUGGCCGAGCGGAUCCUGAAAACUGCGGAGCUGUGCAGGAAAUUUGAAACAGAGCGAGAGAAGGUGCUUCCGUUCUACCUCUCUCGUGACAUCCUUCAAGAAUUUGAGGAAGGUGAGCUCGAGUUCGGAGAUGAGGACCUCAAAGAGGAGAUCCGAAAAGAGCUCACCGAUGUCGGCAUCGACGAGUGGACCUAUUUGGACAACUUCUUUAAACGCUUCAACAAGGUGAAGCUGGAUCUCCAUGCAGUCGAACAGGAGGGAAAACGUCUCACCAAGGAGAAUGUACAGCUGCGCUCCAUUCUGAAACAAUUCUUGGAUGGUGUCAGCGUCAACGAGGAUGUGCUGUCAGCCCCAAAUCCACUGCUCGUGGUGAACGGCAAGGUGAACCUCAACCACGUCCCCGUGAAGCGCAUGGCCGACAAGACGGCACUGAGGCAUGGGUUGAGCUGA